ACGGGACCGACUCAUCGAGCAACCAGCAGAGGCGAUUAGUCAACUAAUCGCCAAAAGGGAUCGAUGCCGAGCAUCUCGAACCUAUAUUCGAUUCAAGAAAUCUCACACCACAGUUCCAACGACGACUGUUGGAUUGUUAUCGAUGGCAAGGUAUACGAUUUGACGUCAUAUUUGGACGAGCAUCCUGGUGGAGAUGAUGUUAUUCUUGCAGCAACUGGCAGAGAUGCCACAGAUGACUUUGAAGAUGCCGGCCAUAGCAAAGACGCAAGAGAACUGAUGCAGAAGUUCUAUAUUGGUGAGCUUGAUGCAUCUUCUUCAGCAAUCCCAGAACUCAAAACGGAGCAACUCGACGAUUAUGCAGCUCGGGUUCAGGGCUUGGCAAAGCAAUACUGGGCUGCUCCUGUUGCAAUGCUUGGUAUUUCUGUGGUAAUUGGCUGGUUAUUCUUGCGCAACAAAUGAUAGCAACACUGCAAUUUUAAGGCUGUUGGCUUGUUCAGUUAGAGAGUUGGCACAUUUUUGCUUCUUAGAAAAUUUAAAAAUUUUGAAACUUUCAAAAUUUUCAGACAGUGAUAGGGUUUUGAUUCCUUUGUACUGUAGAAGAGAAUUUGUUCUUGUUGAGAAGAUGCAGCCCAGGUCAGUUAGUUCACUGGUAGAUCUGUGUUUUGUUUCCAUUGUUUCAUUGGACCAUGUAGCUUGAUCUUGAGAAAUUAUUAUUAGCAGAACUUAAAAAAAAAGUUAUUUUAGUUUGAAA